UUUGAGAUGAGAGGCUCUUAUUCCGCACGUGUGUCAGUCAGCUCGUUUCCGUGAUACGCCCUCUCGAGACACAAGCAUCUUAUGUCGGACACAUUCGUUGCACUUCGGACACAUAUUCAACGGUUGAGCUGCUUGUCUCGAUGGGCACGAAACGAGACGAGCCCUUAUUCCGUCCGCCUCGCCAUCGGACGGCGCGCCGCUGGACAAAUAGAUUUCUGCCACGUCACCAGGCGCGAUUACUAGCAUGGUGUGCAAAGCGCUUACGAAUCACGGAUGUUACAUACGAGGGCAGAUUGCCAGCUAUCAUGCAUGUACAGUGCGUUAUGCUGGUAACCACAUUACCACAUAUGAGGAAGUAACCACCCCAAGCGGGACGGCAACUCAAGCUGGGGAGGUGAGGGGAAGGGAGCAAGAGGGGGGGAAACGGGGAGAGCGGGGAGAUGGGAUUGAAGACACAGGCUGGAACUACCCACACUCCUGGAGUCGCCAUGUGCAAAAGUGGUUAUGGAGGGAGAAAGAGAGAGAGAGAGAGAGAGAGAGAGAGAGAGAGAGGAGAAGAGAGAGAGAGAGAGAGAGAGAGAGAGAGAGAGAGAGAGAGAGAGGGGGGGGGGGAAGAUGGAGAGAUGGAGCAAAUAGCGUGAGAGGAAGGAAAAAGGUCACAACCAAUUGAUUUUCGAGAACACUAGAAACAUCGAGGAG